AACUGAUCCGUCAUCAUAUCUUGAUGAUGAAUCAGUCUUUCAGUCUUGCGCGAUCCGCAGGUUGCCAAUACGUAGGUGUAUAUGCAGGCGAGCAGGAGCGUAAUGGCUAUCGAUGAGAACAAUCCAACACCCAGGUGUGGCUUCUGAGCAAAGAAGCAAACAUUUUAAAUCUCAUCAUUCACUAUGGCACGCACUUUUCUCAUUGUUGGCGCGACUGGCAAUACAGGCCGAGGUGUUCUUGAGACCCUUCCAACUUUGAUCAAGAAUUCUGAAAAGUUUUCCGGACAUCGCAUCCUCGCCUUGACUCGUGAUGUCAACAGCGUCUCAUCCCAAAAACUGGUCAACGAACUCUCCGGCUUUGAGAUCGCCGAGAAGAACUGGACCGACAUCAAUGCCGCAUGGCUGUGCGAGAACGAAGUCGUCCGUGUCUUCUUCGCCGGGCACGUCAUGCCUACUCAAUUCGCCGAAGAGAGCCAAUUCUACGUGGAAAUGCUGCUAGCCGGGGUAGAGUACCUUGUACGGGUUGCUACCACCGAUGCCAAUAUGCAUGCCGAUGCCUUUGCUCAUCAUUCGCGCACGCAUUGGGCUUUGGAAAAUUUGCUCAGUCAGCCCGAGUUCGAGAAGCUGCAGUACACCUCGCUACAUCCCAACAUUUAUUACCCCAUGUUCCUGGGCGGUCCAGCCCAUUUCAUCAAGGAGUUCCACCAUACGGGAAAGCAACCCGAGAUGGCCAUGAUCGUCGAUGCAAAGACGCCAAUGGGAUGUAUCGAUCCUGUGGAGGUCGGUGUGACCGCUGCACACUUGCUGGCGCUGAAUGACGUAUCGCCUCAUAAUGGCAAGAAGUACGUUCUCAACGGGCCCGUCGAUAUCACAGGCGAUGAUGUCGUAUCUCUGGUCGAAGGGUACAUUGGUGAAAAGGUAGAUCCGGCGAACGUCGUAUUCAAGGACAUCGCGAUGAUCGAGGAGAUGGCUGAAGCGUUGCCAUAUUCCAAUAAUUUGAUCAUGUCGGUGACAUCCGCACCGGUAGCGCUGUGGGAUGGCAAGUGAAAGGUUGAGACCAGCAGCAAGGAGAUCCAAGAUGUGUAUGCGACCAAGACUACUGUUGUGGAGUUUCUUGAGAGGAUGGUGAAAGUAUGAGCCACCUUGUCCUUUGAGUACUUGAGCUUAGAUCUCGUAGGCAAUGAGAAGAUUUCCUG